UUCAACCAACCAUCUAUCUAUUCUCGUCAAAAAAAAAAAACCAUCUAUCUAUACCCUUCCUUCAUUACUCAUUAUUCCGUGCGAAGACGACGAUGGGAGCAGAAACUGAAACGAAGGAAAAUCACGAGAAAGAGACGCCAAUCGCUUCUCCAUCUACCCUCACACAAGACCAGUUCCUGUCAUGGAAGCGACACAAGGAUGCUGCUGCAUCAGCCAGAAAAGCUGAAGCCUCAAGAAAGCGGGCAGAGGAUAUUGCUGCUGGAACCGUCCAAAUGAAUGGCCGGGAGCUGUUUCUGCAUGAACCAUGGGUGUUUGAUGACUCACGUUUUUGAGGUUUCUUUUGGUUGGCUCAAAGAGUUCUUCAUGGUCAUGGUCAUGUUCGUUCUCUUAAUGAGGUAGGGUUCAUCAAUGAUUUAUCACUAUAUCUGUGAUAGAAGUAAUUCCUUUAUCAGACCUUUUUUAUGUAUCAAUAGAUUUUUGAAAAUAUGAAGUUUGUGGCUUUGGCAUAGUAGAAACUGCAUUGGGAAAAUAUGUUUCUACAUAAGAACAGGGAGGAUCUUUCUCACGGCAAAAAUGUAUAGCCCACAUUUCUUGUCAUGUAUGAAAAAAUGUUUCUGCAUAAUAUGAAAGGCCAAAAUUGUAUUUCUGAAAA